AUGCUUCCUGAUGGUAAUGAAAUUCCUUCUUCUACAUAUGAAGCUAAGAAAUCUAUUAAUCCGUUAGGGUUGAACUAUGUGAAGAUACAUGUAUGUCCUAAUGAUUGCAUACUAUAUAGGAAAGAUCAUGAAAAGAAAGAAGUAUGCCCAACAUGUGGGGAAUCAAGAUGGAAAAAGGAUAAGGUAACAUUGAAGGAGUGCAAGGGGGUGCCUGUAAAGGUUUUAUGGUAUUUCCCGAUCAUUCCACGACUGAAACGUUUAUUUUUGGUGAAGUACAUAGCAAGAAAAUUGAUAUGGCAUGAUCGUGAUAGAAACAAAGAUGGGUUGCUGCGUCAUCCAGCAGAUGCUGAAGCAUGGAAGGCGAUUGAUGAAAGAUACCCUGAUUUUGCUGAGGAUCCUAGAAAUAUUUGCUUAGGAGUGUCAGCUGAUGGAGUGAAUCCAUUUCGUGGUAAGAAGAAAAGUUAUAGUUGUUGGCCUAUCCUAACAGUGGUUUACAACCUUCCCCCAUCGUUAUGCAUGAAGAGAAAAUUCAUGAUGCUUACAAUGUUAAUUCAAGGACCAAAAGAACCAGGCAAUGACAUCGACGUUUUUUUAGCUCCGUUUAUUGAUGAUCUGAAAUUAUUGUUUGAUGAAGGGGUCGAAGCGUAUGAUGCCUACAAACAAGAAAGGUUCACAUUAAGAGCUGUAGUUUUGUGGACAAUAAGUGACUAUCCUGCACUCGGCAAUUUGAGUGGCUGUACUGUUGGUGGAUAUGAUGCUUGUGCAACAUGUGGUGUGAAUACACACUCCACAUGGCUUAAGUACUCUAAAAAAGUUUCAUACACUGGUCAUAGAAAAUGGUUACCGUCUGGCCAUCGUUACAGAUAUCAAAUGAAGCCAUUUGAUGGCAAUCAAGAAUUCGGUGUGGCUCCUGAACCAGUGAGUGGGUUACAAAGGUUUGAAGAGGCGAAGUCAAUUGAAAAUGCAUGGGGAAAGAAAGGUAAUGGCGGUAGAACAUUGGGAAAAUCAACAAGGUCGGAGUUUGAGGACGAGGAUUCAUCUAAUCUGAAGAAAUUGUCAAUUUGGGCAAAAGAGCUUGAAUACUUCAAAUACAAUCUUGUCCAACAUAAUUUUGAUCUGAUGAAUAUAGAGAAGAAUGUGUGCGAGAGUUUAGUAGGGACAUUGCUUAAUGAUCCUUUAAAAACGAAAGAUGGUUAUAAAGCUCGCAUGGAUUUGAAUGAUUUGAAGAUAAGGCCUGAGUUAGAACCUGUUGUUGCAGGAAAAAGGAUGUAUCUUCCUCCUGCCUGCUACACAUUGACGAAAGAAGAGAAGGUGAAGUUUUUCAAAACAUUGUACGAGUUGAAGGUUCCACAAGGGUACUGUUCUAAUUUUAGCAGUCUGGUGUCGCUAAAAGAUAGCAAGUUGAUUGGUCUCAAAUCACAUGACUACCAUGUUCUUAUGCAGCAAUUCUUGCCACUUGCGGUUAGAUCGAUUCUUCCAAAGAACGUAAGAAAUACCAUCAUUAGAUUGUCAUCCUUCUUCAAGUCAAUAUGCAAAAAAGAGAUUGAUAUUUUUGAAUUGGAUAAUAUACAAAGGGACCCGGUGGAGACAUUAUGCUUACUUGAGAAGUAUUUUCCACCGUCAUUCUUUACCAUCAUGAUUCAUCUCACCUGCAUCUAG